GCCGAAAACAUUAGCAAUGUGUUUUGUAUGUUGAAUGAUUUCGUCAUCAUUUGUUCAAUUGUUUCAUAAAGGAGUAAUUUGGGUGAAAAUAACUUCAAAAUGCAAUACAAAAUCUUCAGCACCAUAGGCUUGGCACAUAAAGUUGUAUCUCGCAAGACUCUACCAUUUUUUAUUAGAAAUUACAAAUUUAACUGUGCGUAUUUAAAUAACCUAGUAUUGGAAGAAAGAUUUGUAUCAAGUAAUAAUGCCAAAAGUUUUUCAAUGAUUUACAACCAUAAUUUCCAUAUUCAUCAGAAGCGUUAUUUUCAUUCUUCAUCAUUCAUUUUUGCUAAAGAGCCUUCCAAAAUUGAAGAAACUGUUAAAAUAUUAAAGGAGGAGAAAACUAAGCACGUUAUUCAAGAAGAGCUAAAAGAUAAAAAAGUUAUAAGUGUGGAAAAGUCUGCAGAGAAGCCAGCUCCAAAACGCUCGUUAAUGAAACGUAUAACCGAUGAAAUCGUCCAUUAUUACCAUGGAUUUCGGCUACUGGCCAUCGAUUGCAAAGUUUCUUUUCGCCUUGUAAGAAAAAUGCUAAAUGGUGACGAAUUGACUAGACGUGAACAUAAACAACUCAUUCGAACGGUUGCUGAUCUUUUUCGUUUACUCCCUUUCUCCAUCUUUAUAGCAGUACCAUUUUUGGAAUUAGCGUUACCACUCUUCAUCAAGUUCUUCCCUCAAGCUAUGCCAUCAACUUUUCAGACAGCUUCUGAAAAAGAAAAAAAGUUCAAACAAGGACUCAAGGUGAAAAUCGAAACAGCUAAAUUUCUUCAAGAGACCUUGGACGAAAUGGCCACAGUAUCUAAAGGUUAUGCUCAUUCGGAAACAGCUAAGGAAUUCUCUUUAUUUUUUGACAAAAUUCGAAAAUCGGGGGAACAACCAAGCAAUGAGGAUAUUUUACGUUUCAGCAAGCUAUUUGAGGAUGAAAUUACUCUAGAUUCACUUUCCCGACCUGAACUUAUUGCUCUUUGCCGACUUUUAGAGCUUAAACCCAUAGGAACAAACAAUUUUUUGACGUUUCAGCUUCGCCUAAAACUCCGCCGACUUAGAGCAGACGAUGUUAUCAUACGAAAAGAAGGAAUAGACACUCUCACCGUUCCAGAGCUUCAAGCAGCGUGCCGAGCACGUGGAAUGAGAGCUCUUGGUCUUUCUGAAGAGCGUUUGAAAUCACAACUAUCGCAGUGGCUUGAACUGAGUUUAGAUUCACAGAUCCCACCAUCAUUGUUGUUACUCAGCAGAGCAUUAUAUUUACCAGAGCAUUUACCUGCACCUGACCAACUAAAAGCAACUCUAUCGUCUUUACCAUCUAAUGUGGCUACAGAAGCAAAACUGAAAAUUGGUGAAAUGGAGGGGAAAGUAGAUAACAAGACAAAGCUUGAGCUCAUUAAGCAAGAAGAAGAGGCAAUCAAAAAAGAAACUGCAGAAAGGCAGCAAGAGUUAUUAAAUGAGAAAAAGAUUGCAGAACCAGAAAAAGCACUUGAUGAAGAGUUGAAAGAUAAGGCUGAACCAUUGGUGGAUCACGCAAAGGAAUUGGAAGACACUGAUGCUGCUGUUGAUAAAAAACAGCUUUCUAAAGAAGAUUUUGAUGAGCUUGAAGAUGCAAUUGAAAAUAUUGCCACUGAAAAGAAAAAAUUGCUGAUUGAAAAAGAGGAAAUAGAAGAUCUGAAGGAAGAAAUGGCCGAGUAUAAACAGGAUAUUGAAGAGCUUAAGGAUAUUGUUCUUGAAACUGGACAUACAGAAAUAAAGCAGUCCAAAGCUGCUCAGCGACUGUCAAGUAAGGUGAAUAAAAUGAUUUCCAAAAUGGAUGCUCUUUUGGACUCAUUGAACAGAGAGAAAAAUACUUUACAACAGCAAAUUGAUGAUAAAAUGAAAGAAGGUGUUGCUAUUGUUAAAGAGAGAGAUGACAUAAUCAGUGUCAAUGAGCUAGUUUUGGCAAUAAGAAGAAUUCAAAAAGUUUCUGAUGAUACAAAACUGCAGCGCAUAGCAGAUGUUUUAGAAAAAAUGGAUGUGGAUCGUGAUGGUGCUGUAGAAGUUGACCAUGUUUUAAAGGUCAUUGAGCUUUUGGGAAAGGAUAAUGUCAAAGUAAGUGUGAAGCAAAUGGAGGAAAUAAUUGAUCUUUUGAUAAAAGAAGACCAACUAGAAAUGGAAGAGAAAAUGGAAAAACAGAAGCAAUUGAAAGAAGAAAAUCAAGAGUCUAAAGGGAAGGUAGAAAACUAAACGUGUAAAAUAAUGGAUGUACAUUUCUUGUAAAGAUGAUCAUCUUAACCUGAUCACCCAUCAUUUCACUAUUUAUUAGAAGCAUAUAAGAAACAAUUCAUUUUUGUAAACUACGCAUAUUUAGAAUUCAUGGACUAUAAUUUUUAUAACAGUUAUCAUUAGUACUAUUUUUUAGUCUAUCUUGACAUCAAUAUCUUUUGACAUAAAUGUGCAAUGCCUUAUAUGUAUUCACAAGUGAUAUUUUUUAUUUAACAUUACAAAUGCUAAACAGUACACAUUUGUAUAUAUAUAUACGGUGCAUCUUCAUUGUGAUAAAAUGUGUAAUAAAUUGUUGAGUUAUA